GAAUGCGAACUCGGUGGUGGGUUAAUACACUUCAGUUUCGCACAAAUGAGUUUGGUUACAGGUUUUAGAAACUGCAGAAUCUUAUAUCGUCUAAUUCUUCGUUUCAGAUUGGAGGAAAUGCCAGAAUUGCCUAGAGAUUGUCAAAGGCUUUGUAUGUCAGUGGUUCAGUUUCACCUGUCCACCACAAGUUCAAAUUUUAAUUUAUACAGACAGUACUGUCGGAAUGUGUCUACAGAUGAAAACUCUUCUAUAGUAAAGCAUGCGCAGAAUAACAAAAAUGUCAAUACCCAAAGGAUGACAAGGUUGAAAACUGAAGAACAUGGCUCUCAGACUGACAGAGAUGGGAACUGCUUAGAAAGUAAUGCGAAGUGCACCAGUUCCUCCCAGAACCAACAUCAAGUUUUGUUACAGCAGACUACACAGUUUCCACCACCUCCUACCCACUGCUGCAUGAGUGGCUGCCAGAACUGUGUCUGGAUCGCAUAUGCAGAGGAGCUCCUGAAACUUUAUCAUGAUGGAGGGAAGAAAGCUUUGGCAGCCAUUGAAGAAAAUAUUCAGGAUGAGAAUAUUAAAAUGUGGCUGAAGAUGGAAAUUAGACUGAUGGCACAGAAAUGAUGGUUGACUGCAAAACUUAAUACCUUGGUUAAGAUAUUUGUAGAUUUUUGGCUGUAAUUUAGAUUAAAUGUUUUGCUACUCGUCUUGGGUAUGUACAGCUGGAUGAUAAAAGUGGUGGAUUAACGUUAAUGCAAAAUUCCCAAAUUUAAAGUGAUGUUUGUGACAUUACAGCAAUACAUGAUAGUGGAAUAAUCUUUAUGAUUAUUCUGCAUGCCUUUAAACAUUCAAAUUAAUAUGUAUCCUUGUAGAUUCUUUAAUGAUUAGUAUGAAUUAUUAAUUGUUCAGGGAAAUAAAACAGGACAAAAGUUAAUCCUUUUA